AUGGAUGUGGAUACACUAACUCGGCAGUUUCAUGUAAGAAAAUUUUGUUAUUCUUGAUAUCAGGUUUUAGGCCGAACGAGAACAAUGGCAUUUGGAGAGGGACAAGCUCUCGAUUGCGAAUGAAGCCUACCUCAAAGACAUUCGAAAGCUGAACGAAGACAUUCACGACAUGGAACUGAAGGUUCUGCGGGCUGAGCAUCAAGUUAAGGGCAAAGAGGAUUUCUUCAAUGUCGAGAAGGAAGGUUUGCUCUCGGAGAUUGAAGAUCUGAAGAAUUUCGUGCAACAAAAGCAAAAUGAGGUCUCCGAAGUGAAAAAGGAUGCUUCCGAAGUGAGUAUUUUGUUAUUUGUUUGUUUUGUUUUUAGGAUUUGGCUUCAAUUAUAUUGCACUAGAUGGUCAGAUAAAGAUGGGUUGUUUGAUAGUUUAUUGGUCGAAAUAAGCUGUGAAAUCUGUUGCAUUAGGAAGUGCUUGUUGUGCAAUUACUUUUUAUCGAGAUCUUUGUAAAAUUUUAUUGAUCUCAAGCUGUUUUCUAUCCAUUUUUGAUAAACCACUAAUGGGACAUGGAUAAUAUCCGAAAUUGCCUUUUUGGGGAAAGCAGAUCGAAUGAGCAGCGGCUUAAGUGCAUUCAAAAGUUUCCUGUGUACUUGUUGCUUGUUUUUCACUCAAUUUUAUCUUGUUGUAAGCCGUCUAGAGCCCACAGAUACAUAAGAUAUUACACUUGAUAGGUUAGACGAAAUUUUUUGAAAGUUUGGGGUAAUUAUGUAAUCUAAGAUAAGCUUGAUGUAUUUAUAGCGAAGCAUAAGACUUUCUGGCACGUCGUGAUGCCGUUUCUUUCAAAAAAUUGCUCGUUUCAGCGGAUAACCCAAGCCCUAAAGGAACGUGCCGAAAUCGAUGUUGAGAUCAGUCUGAAGGAAAGCCAAAUUAAAGAUUUGGAACGAGUGCUUCAAUUGACACAGGAUGAGCUUGAUUUGUCGCGAAAGGAGUACGAUGAGAUGCGGAAUCAGAUUGAUUUAGCCUUGGAGAAGGUGGCCGAUCUUGAGGCCAAUAUUCAAGCCCAAGCCACCGAUUUCGACUUUGAAUUGAGGAAGAAAGGUGAGAUUAUAGCUUGUAGAUUCUAAAUGAACCUUAUUACUCAAUUAAUUUUCGAAUUUUUAUAUUACACUUGACAUCUGAUAUUAAUUUCGAUUUUUUUAGAUGAUAUCAUUGCCGACAAACAACACACAAUUGACACUCUGAUUCAGCGGAUUAAUGAUUGCACGGCCGAUGCGGCUAGCGAAAAUGCCUUACCCGGCGGGCAAUUUCAUCUUGGAAACUUGAAUUUACUUGAAGAAAAUGCGGAUCUCAGAAAGAAAUUGAACCAAUUGAAGGCCGAAAAUGAGCAUUAUGUCAGGCAACGGCAGGAAUUGUUGAAGGUAACGGCUUAUUUUUUUGUUUUUCGAUGUUUAGAGAGGUUUUCGAAUUUGGCAGGCUGCGCCCUAGACUUUUCCCGAAAAAUGGGAAUUAUUGAAGAAAUUAAUCCAAUUAUGGUUGAAUUAUAAGUCAUGGAUGAUGAUUUGAAGAAUUUUUACAAUUUUUGGCUGUUUUCUAAGUUUUUGAAAUUUGGCGAGCUGCGCCCGAGGAGUUGCAAAAAAGCUGCGAUUGUAGAAAAACGAUGAAUAAUCAGUGUAUUUACGCUUGACUAGUCGAUAUGUACAGGUUUUGCGAGACAUUUUUUUGUUUUACCAUGGUUUUGGCAUGUCCGAGCUGCGCCCAGGCUUAUAUCAGAAAUCGAGGAACUUACGGGAAAUUUAAAUUUUUAAAGAUGCCAAAUGACGAAUUAUGCAUUAAAAAUGAUUUAGGAGUUCCGCCAACGUGAAAUGCGCGGCCGCAGCCCCCAGUCCGACCUCGAAAAUCUGGCCCAAGAGCGCUGCAAAAAGCUGGAAGUGGAGCUCAAUGACCGCGCCCUCCGCGUAGACCAACUCUCCCGCGAAUUGGAGGCCCUGAAACGACGAAACAAGGAGUUGGAACGAGCCAAUGCCGAGCUGAUCUCCCAGUUCACCUCCUCCAUUUUGCCCUUUGACGAGCUGAUCUCGGAUGAUGAAUAUCCCAAAAAAUUCAAUCACUUUAAGGAAAUUGUGGAGGAUAAUUUGAAGCUCAGACAGACAGUGGAGGACAUGUCGAAACAGAUGGGUGGGUUGGGGAUUUUUUGGGAAUUUUCAGAGUUUUUUUGGAUUUGAGAUUUUUUUUUUGAUUUUUUUUUGAUUUUGUGGGCGAUUUUGAGUUGGAAAAGGCUGGAAAAUGAACAAGGAUAACAAGUUUUGGCUAAAAAAAUUUUUUUGAAAUGUUUGGAAUUUUUUUAAUUUUGAAAUUUUUUUGUUAUUUUUGAAAAAUUUUUCGGUAAAAAUUGUUUUUUUUUAUUUUGGGCGUUCCAAAAUCCAAUUUUUUUCAGUUAUUUUUGCUAUUUUUUUAGAUAAAUUUUUUUUUUAAAUUUCGAAAUUUUGCAAAAAUUCCUAAAAAAUGAUUUUAACCCAAAAUUUUAGCCCUCGAACCCCCUCUCUCGGACCUAAACGAACUCCAAGAGCAAUUCGAACAAGCCAUCGAAGAGCUGGAAGCCUACAAAAAACAAACCGAAUCAGUCAAAGAGGAACUCCAAAAAUCCCAGAAACUCGUCGAAUAUUAUAAAACAAGAGCGGAUACAGGUGCCGAGUUUAGAGGCGAAACGAAAGGAGUUUCCUACUCUAAGGCCGACGCCGAACUUCAGAUCCAUAAAUUGAAUUGCGAAUUGGACAGUGUGAAGGACCGGCUGAAGGAAGUUAUUGAGGAAAAACAAAGGAAUGAAGAGUAAGUGGUGGUUAUUUAUGUGUUUGAAUAGUUUCAGUGAGAAUUUGAGAAAAUUUUGGGGUUGUAUUUGGAGGAUUACGGUAGAAGUUUUGAGUCCCGCCACGAAAUUUGGCAUUGUGUUUGGAGAGCUGGAAAUGACCGGAAAAAAGUUUUUGAAUAGCUGUAUAGGAAAUUUUAUGAUGUCCUGAAGGUGUAAAAAGAGAGUUUUUUGAAGAUUACGGUAUAAGUUUUGAGUCCUGGCACGAAAUUUGGCAUUGUGUUCAAAGAGCUGGAAAUGGCUGGGGAACAAGUUUUAAUCGUUGUAUAGGAAAUUUUUUGACGUCCUGAAGGUGUAAAAAGAGAUUUUUUGGAUGAUUACGGUAGAAGUUUUGAGUCCUGCCACGAAAUUUGGCAUUGUGUUUAAAGAGCUUAAAAUGACUCGGGAUUGAUUUUGAAUACCAGGAAUGGAAAUUUUAUAGUGUCUUUGAGAUGUACAGACCGUUUUUUACAGACUGCGGUAAAAUUUUUGGGUCCUACAACGAAAAUUGGCAUUCUGCCCAAACGUUAAAAUUCACCUAGAAGUUAAAAAAAAUGAAUGAUACAUUGAAUUUCAGGAACCAAAACAACAUAAUCAGCCAGAAAAACGAGUUAAUCGCCCAGUUAUAUUCAACUAAAGACAGCUUGGAACUGAAAGUGCAAAGUCAUGAAGAAGCGACCGAAAAAAUGCAGUCCCAACUGCAAGAGUUGGACAAAACGAACAGAAAAAUCAAGGACGACCAUACGAAGCUGAAGGGAACGACGGAAGGGUUGAAAAAUCAAAUCAAUUUGUUGAAUUCGCAACUUCAGGAGGUGAAGGUGGAAAAUGAUCGAUUGAGGUGAGAAAUUGGGUGAUAUUGGAGGAUGGAAGGGUUGGGGAAGGUGUAGAAUUGAUUUUUAUGUUAGAUUAGAGCAAAAAUUUGAUAUUUUGAGUUUAAAAAUUGAGAUAAAAUUUAGAUUUUAAAGAAAAUUACCUUAUUUUAGGUAACAUUUUGAUGUUUUUGGAUGUUUUGAGACGAAUUUUGGGUUAAAUAAGGACUGAUGGGAGAGAAAAUAACGUGUAAAGGGAUCUAUCAUAAAUUUUGAUCAAUUUUAGAGCCGAGAAAAAGUCACUCGAACUGGAAUUGAGUCAAAUUCAGCGAGAUUCCGCCGACCUCCGCGCCCGCUGCAACUCGCUCUCGGACAACCAGACCGUCACCAAUGUCGUACUGAACGCCCUCACCGAGUUCCGCUCGGCCUACUCCCAGAUCAACGCCGAACAACUCCACCUAACGCAAGCGGAAUUGGACAAUUGCCGGAAAGAACGGGACACGCUGAAUCAGCUCGUGUCCAGCCUUCAAAACCAUCAAAUGAGCGGCGUGGAUGCGCUGAAAACAGCACUGAGGGAUGCGAAAUUGUCUAGCGAACGAUUCCGCGCCCGCUGCACCCAGGCCGAACAGGAUUUGGAGGUAUGGAAGGGGUUCGUUGCGGGACCUGUAAAGGAGAUUUGUUUUGGGAUUUUUUGGAGGGAAGGGAUGAAGAAGUGGAGUAAAAAUGGAUCUUGGGGAAGUUUCUAAAUGAUUGGCAGUAAAUUUGAACGAUUUUGCGGCGUUUUGGAGACUUCGAAGGUUUUCGUGGCGGGACCCGGAAAAGAAAUUGUUUUGGGAUUUUUUUGAGGGAAGCGGUAUGAUAAGUGGAGUAAAAUGGAUCUUGGGGAAGUUUCUAUACGAUUGGCAGUAAAUUUAGACGAUUUUGCGGCGUUUUGGAGACCUUGAAAGUUUUCGUGGCGGGACCCGGGAAAGGAAGUUUUAUUGGGAUUUUUUGAGGGAAGAUGAAAGAUAAGUGGAGUAAAUUUUAUUUUUGGGGAGUUUGGACGAUUUUGCGACGUUUUGGAGGCCUUGAAAGUUUUCGUGGCGGGACCCGGGAAAAAAUUGUUUUGGGAUUUUUUUGAAAGAAGAGGAAGGAUAAGUGGAGUAAAAUCGAUCUUGGGGAAGUUUCUAACCGAUGGGCAGUAAAUUUAGACGAUUUUGCGGCGUUUUGGGACCUUGAAAGUUUUCGUGGCGGGACCUGAAAUAGAAGUUUUUUUGGGAUUUUUUGAGGGAAGCGGUAGGAUAAGCGGGGAAAAAUUGGUUUUGGUGAAGUUUCUAAACGAUUGGCUGUAAAUUUAGAUGAUUUUGCGACGUUUUGGAGACCUUGAAAGUUUUCGUGGCGGGACCCGAAAAGACGUUUUUUUUGGGAUUUUUUUGAGGGAAGCGGUGGCAUAAGUGAACUAAAGUUGAUUUGGAGACGCUUAUAACGGUUUUAGUUUAUUCUUUUUUUGUUUGAAGGUUUUCGUGUUGAGACCAAAAACCGAAAUUUUUAAAAAGUUUUUUUUUGAAAAUUGUACAAAUGAGUGGUUUUCGAAGCUUAAAAUUGCUCUCUUCAGAUCCUCAAGAACGUCCAUUCCGAGCUGGAGUACAAGUACAACCAGUUGAACAAACAACUCACGGACAUUGACUCCACCGACGCCGACCCCGACUCCUGCCGAAAAGAAAACCAACACCUGCGCAACAAGAUCAUCUACUACGAGAAACAAACGAUCGAAAAGAACGCCAUCAUCGACGAGCUGAAGGCCCAGGUGAAGGUGGCGGACGAGCGGUACGAGAACGUGAAGAAUGCGGCCGAAAUCUUCGAAAAGUCCCUCAAAGAGAAGGAACUGAAGCUCCAGGAGGAGAAGGUGCAACGCGACGACAUCGAAAAGAACUUCCACACCAUGGUCCAGAACAUGUAAGGGCGCAGGUCGCGGAUUUUGGAAAUGGCUGGGGCGCAGCUCGCGGGGAUAUAGGAAUGUUGAAAUAUGAAAAUUUAUGAAGUUUUAGACGAUUGACAUGCUUUUUGGUUGAGCUAAAUAAUUUUUUAAUUUUUGUCCCUGCUCCAGGGCGCAGCUCGCAGAAAUAAAUUUUUCCUGGGCGCAGCCUGCGGAAUUUUUAAUGUUUUUUGGUGGGUUUUAUGCCGUAAGGAGAUGUUUGGAAACGUUGUUGUGAAGUUUUGAGCUAAAUUCUCGAGUUUUAUUAAAGCCUAGGGCGCAACUUGCCAAAAAUAAAUUUGUCCUGUGCGCAGCCUGCGGAAUUUUUAAUGUUUUUUGGUGGGUUUUAUGCCGUAAGGAGAUGUUUGGAAACGUUGUUGUGAAGUUUUGAGCUAAAUUCUCGAGUUUUAUUAAAGUCUAGGCCGCAGCUUGCCAAAAAAAAUUAUUUGAAUUUUACAUUUUUGUAAAUUUCAGUGAAUCCCAAAACGCCCAAUUGAUCGAAGAGAAACAGCAAAAAGAAGAACAGCUGAUCCAGGAGCAGCAACGAACCCAGCAGCUGGUCUCGGAGUAUCAACAAAAAUUGGCCCAACUCGAGGAACAAAAGUCGAGCCUGGAAACACAACUCAACACCGCCAGCGACACCCUUCAAGACCUCACGACUCGGUUUGUGGAAACGUCGGAUGUCAUGGGAAUUGUAAGUGGAAGAUUUGAUUUUUGAAUUUGUGUUACGGUAGGUGGGUCUUGAAACGAAUGCUUGGCAUUGUGUUUUGGAAGACGGGAUAUGGAUGAAACGUGAUGAUUGGGUCAAAUAGGAGUGCCAAUGAACCUUUGUAGUAUUUUUUGACGGUUUGAAUACUGUAAUUUGGGUCUUGAAACGAUGGUUUGGCAUUGUGUUUUAGGUUGAUAAAUGGAGUGGAAAUUGAAAAUUACGCUCGAAUUUGUCUGCCUGAGGAUGUUCAGAGUAUUUUUGACAUUUUUUUGCAAUGCAGGUUACGGUAUUUUUUGUCCCAAAACGAAAUUUUGGCAUUGUGUUUUAGGUUAAAAAAUGUGAUGGCUAUUGAAAGUUUGGGUCGAAUGAAGGUAAAAGAAGCGAUUUUAUGCAAUUUGAAGAAUUUUUCGUUAAUAGGUUACUGUAAUUUGGGUCCCAACACGAAAUUUUGGCAUUGUGUUUUAGGUUAAAAAAUGUGAUGGCUAUUGAAAGUUUGGGUCGAAUGAAGGUAAAAGAAGCGAUUUUAUGCAAUUUGAAGAAUUUUUGGUUCAUGGCUUACUGUAAUUUGGGUCCCAACGCGAAAUUUUGGCAUUCUGUUUUUGAGCCGCAACAUUGAAAUUUUGGUUGAUAAAAAACUAAUCGGAUGUUUUCAGAAGGACACGGAGAUUGCGACAUUAAAAUUGAGCCUUGACUCGGCCAGUCAGCAACUCCAGAACGUCCAAACCGAGCUGGACGCCGUGAACAAGGAGAAUUUGGAACUGAAACAAGCAAUUGAAGAGCAAAAACAAGCCUCGGCGGAGAGCUCCAAGGAACAGGAAGCCGUAAUUGCCUCCCUGAAACAAGAUCUGGCCGAGGCGGAACGCCUGAGGAAUGAGAGUCAGUCCCUCGACCAAUCCUUCUACGAUCAGGCCACCAAAAACUUGGAUCAAAUGUACGAGAAGCUGAACUCGUCCGAGGAUGAGAGCUUUUCGCGGCGAAGAAGCCGUUUGUCGAUUGGUGGAACCGCCGAAAAGACGAUUAGCCUACAAAAACACGCCGAAAUCACGAAUAAAUUGAACCUGAAACUGGAGGUAAGCAAGGAUAAUAUAAUUUUUUGAUGAAAAGGAGUGUAAUUUAAUUUAGUGUGGGGGUAGAAUGGAACUUAGAGAUUAACAGUGCUGUCUAGAGGGAUUUGACAUGAGAAUUUGAGUAUUGAAAGUUUUCGUGGUGGGACCUGAGAAGGGUGAUGGUGAAGAGGAAGAUAGGGUAAUUUUGUGUUGUAAUAAGUACAAAAACUUAUUAUAAAGGCUGUGUAGACGCUAAGAAUAAUGUCUAGGGCGAUUUAGAAGCAAAAUUAGAACUUUGAAGGUUUUCGUGGUGGGACCUGGGAAGGUUGAUGGUGAAGAGGAAGAUAAGGUAAUUUUAUACUUUAAUAAGUGUGAAAACUUAUUAUAAACGCUGUAGAAAGGAUAGAACAAUGGCUAGAGGGAUUUAGAAGCAAAAUUAGAAUUUUGAAAGUUUUCGUGGUGGGACCUGAGAAGGUUGAUGAUGAAGGUGAAGAUAAGGUAAUUUAAUGUGGUAGCUGGGGUAAAGAACGAUUUAUGAUGCUGUUGAGAGGUUAUCAAUGCUGUAUUGGGGGUUUUACUGAAGCAUUUGAGCCUUGAAGGUUUUCGUGGUGGUACCUGAGAAGGUUGAUGAUGAAGGUGAAGAUAGGACAAUUUUAUGCUGCGAUUAGUGUAGAAACUUAUUAUAAGGCUAUAGAAAGGCUAAGAACAACGUCUAGAGCAAUUUAGAAGCAAAUUAGAACCUUGAAGGUUUUCGUGGCGGGACCGGAGAACGAUAUUUUUGAAGGAAAAAAGAAGCGGAAGUAGACGGUUUAAAAAGUUGAUAAAGCCAUUUCGUACCUUGUAAAUUAAAUUUUGCUGUUUUUUUAUUCACAUGUUUUCGUCUCAAGACCAAAAAAAUCGAAAUUUUCCAAAAAAAAAGUUCAAAUUUUGAUUUCAGAAUCAAGAAAAAGAACUAGCCGAAAGAUUGGCGAAAAUCGUUCAAUUAGAGAGACUAAAAGACGUGGAGCAGCAAUAUCAGCUGCUGAAGAACGAGUUCUCCGCGCUGGAACAGAGGCUGGCCGGCGCCCAAGAAGACGCCUCCAGAAUUCAGGCGCAGCUCGUCCAAGUGAAACAGGAACAUCUCCAAUGCGCGAAAAAACAACAGGACGCACAAGCAACCGUCUCCAGAAUGAAUGGGCAGAUAAAUGACCUGAGGGUAAGGAGAAAUUUUUUGGGGUUUUUUGAUUUUUUUUAUUUAUUUUUUUUAUUUUGUUUUUUUUUUUUGAUUUUUAUUUUUUUUUGGGGUUUUUGGCGGUUUAAAUUGAUUUUUGGGAAAUUUUAUAUGGAAUUUGGAGGAUUUUAGAAACUGUAUGUUGUUCUAUGGGUGAUAGAGGGUAUAAAUACCGAGAAAACCCCUUUUUUAAAGCCACAUUAAAGUUCAACUACCCUUCUGUAAUAUCUAAAGACUACUUUUCGACACAUUUUUUCUAAAAAAACAACGUAAAAAUUUCCAAAAAAUCGUCAAAAAUCCAAAAAAUUUCACAAGGAAAGCACUUCUAUGGGGUAUGGAGUUACAGGUCGAGACAUAUAUCAAAUAAGUCGCAAAAUUUUUCUGAUUCAGAACAUGUAAAAAUUAGCUGCCCAAUUUUGGUUUGUAAGGGUGAAAAAUCAAUCGGAACUUGACUUUUGCGUGGUGUUGCGAGAAGUUCUGAGGGUUUUUUCUCACUUACAAACCAAAAUUGGGCAGCUAAUUUUUACAUAUUCUGAAUCAGAAAAAUUUUGCGGUUUUUUUGAUGUAUGUCUCGACCUGUAACUCCAUACCCCUUGGAAGUACUUUCCUCGUGAAAUUUUUUGGAUUUUCGAUGAUUUUUUGGAAAUUUUUAUGUUGUUUUUUAGAAAAAAAUGUGUUGAAAAGUGGUUUUUAGAUAUUUCAGAGGGGUUGUUGAACUUUAACGUGGUUUUAAAAAAAGUUUUUGUCGAGGUUUUGGAUUAUUUUCACUCAUUUUUUUCAAUUUUUUGACUAAAAAUUCCAAUUUUCAGGUUGAGAUCCAAGAGUAUCAAAACAAGCUAAACAACAAGGCCGAAGAGCUGGCUGCAACUCAACAGGACAUGCAGAAACUGCAGGAAGACAUCAAAACGUUGAAGGCGAACAAUUCAUCCUUCAAAGCAUUAGCCCUCCGCUACCGCCAAUGGUACGGCGAAGCGGAGAAAGUUUUGGGUGAAGUGGCCCCGGAAAAGGCGCAAGCAUUAAGCCAGAAAAACCAACAAAGCGUCCCCAAGGUAGGAGAAAGAGUGUGGAGGUUUUUGGAGAGGCUUUUUGGGGGUUUUGGAUAUUGUUUUAGACAUUUGAGCGGAAAAUUUGAGAAAUUUAGUAAAUUUUGCGAUUUUUGUUGAAUUUUUGAAUGAUUCUUGAAAUUUAUGGGAGUCCCAGGGCAAGUAGAGGAGAGUAGAUGGGUUAUGAAUCAAAUUUGAGAGAUCUUUUACCGAUUUUUUUGAAAGAAAUUUACGGAAAUUUUGAAAAAAUUGAGGGAUUUUGAAGUUUUUGGAAAUUUUUGAAAUUAUUUUGGAAUUUUGAGUAGUUUUAGGCACUGUAGAUGGCACAGAAAUUAUUAUACUUGGAUUUGAGGGGGUAUUUGACCGAUUUUUUCUCGGAAUUUUUAGGAAUUUUUUUAAAAAUCGGAGAAUUUUCAAAAAUUUUUGUUGAAAAUCUUAGGUUAUUGGGGGAUUUGAAGCUGAAAUAGGCUGAAUAUUGCUGUAAAAGGCAUUUUUUAGAUUGAGGGCAUUAUUUUUGCGAAUUUUUUUGAAAUUUUUUUUCAAAAAAAUUUUUUUUUAUUUCUUCGAAUUUUAGCCCAAAAAAGCCGCGGAACAGCCUGCCCAGUCGUUCGAGGCCCCACCAGCAGAUCGCCCACUAAAGAGAAAGGCCCCAGAAACUGUGGAAGACCCCACGGCUUCAGCCAGCACUUCCGAAUCAGAGCCCCAGCAGAAACAGGCGAAAGAAGAUUAA